GAGAAAAUUUCCUGUAAUGUUACACUGCCUCUUCGAGUGGCUUCGAUCACAGCAAAAUUCGCUCGGUGUUAUGUAAACAUUUAGCUCCAAAUAUCCUCAGGAAGCCGACGGAAGUCAUUCAAAAGGAACCAUGCAUCGCUUAGAGCGGUGUCGAGUGGUUAUCAACCACACCGUCCUUAAGCGAGUCGCACGCCGCCUGGAACCGUUACUAUCGAUUGCGCGCCAUUCUACAGCGUUCCCAGCAAAUCAGAGUACCCUGCGAAAUGAGCUCCAACGAGAACAACCCUUACCAAGCGGGCGAUCGUUUACAGCAGCCAAUUUCUGCACUCGCACCCAGCUACGACAACUACAGGCCGAACAACGGGCUUUGUUGCGGAUGCUGUGCAACUCCAGUUCGAUUCCGGGGUACAUAUUUACGCGCCAACUGCACAGCUCGUCUGGACCGAGACACAGCCAAAACAAGCCCCAACCUGACCGAGACGGUGACCCAAACCGGGGCAACAAAAAGAAUGACGAAGACGACAAAGAGAAGAUGAUGUCGGUGGUGACGAAAACCCUCAUCUGGAUGAUCACGCUCUACCUGCUGGUGGGCUUCCUCUCGAUGGUGCUGCCAUCGCGGAACCGGCCAGAAUCGGCGACACGAUAUGUCAGCUGGCACGAGUUCGUACACCACAUGUUGGCGGUUGGCGAGGUGAAGGAGGUGGUCGUACACCCAGACAUGGAGAUGGUGACGAUUAUCCUACACGAGGGCGCAAUCAUAAAGGGCCGCCGGGUGCAAUCAAGCAUCUUCCACAUGGCGGUGGCGGACGUAAAUAAGUUCGAAGAGAAGCUCCGUAGCGUCGAACAACGGCUGGGAGUCACUGAGGGUGUAUCGGUACAGUUUGAGCGUAGUGGAGACGUAAGCGGGCGUAUUCUGUUCACGCUAUUUGCGACAGGUGUAAUCAUUGCGCUGCUCAGCAGGAUGCGCGUGCGUGGUUCCAUCUCGAUGGACAGCUUUACGCAAAUGGGACGCGCCAAGUUCACGCUUGUCGAUCCCAUCGAGGGUGGCCGUGGUGUGUGGUUCCGGGACGUGGCUGGGUUGCAGGAGGCGAAGCAGGAGGUGAUGGAGUUCGUGGAUUAUCUAAAGUCACCCGAGCGUUACCAGCGGCUGGGAGCAAAAGUGCCGAAAGGAGCGUUACUUCUGGGACCUCCCGGAUGUGGUAAAACGCUGCUCGCAAAAGCAGUCGCAACCGAGGCGCAGGUUCCGUUCCUUAGUAUGAAUGGGUCCGAGUUUAUCGAGAUGAUUGGUGGAUUGGGUGCGGCUCGUGUUCGGGAUCUGUUUAAAGAGGCAAAGAAACGCUCUCCUUGUAUCAUUUACGUGGAUGAGAUUGAUGCGAUCGGCCGGCAGCGUGAAGGUACGGGUAGUGCAGUGGGCGGUAUGAACUCUGGCGAGUCUGAACAAACGCUCAACCAGCUGCUAGUGGAGAUGGACGGCAUGGCAAGUAAGGAAGGCGUAUUAAUGCUGGCCAGCACUAACCGAGCGGACAUCCUGGAUAAGGCGUUACUACGACCGGGCCGCUUCGAUCGGCAUAUCCUGAUCGAUCUACCCAAUCUAGCCGAACGGAAGGAGAUCUUCGAGAAGCACCUUUCGGGAAUUGCGCUUGAACAACCGCCCGCUACUUACUCGAGCCGAUUGGCGACGUUAACACCCGGUUUUUCCGGAGCUGACAUCGCGAAUGUGUGUAAUGAAGCAGCCCUACAUGCCGCUCGUACUAAUCAGCGAUCGGUACGGACUGGAAACUUGGAGUAUGCUGUAGAACGGUUGGUUGGUGGCACGGAGAAACGCUCGCAUGCCCUUUCACCUACCGAACGGCGUGUGAUUGCGUUCCACGAGUCUGGUCAUGCGCUUGUUGGGUGGAUGUUGCCCAAUUCGGAUGUCCUGUUGAAGGUGACGAUCGUUCCUCGCACGAGCUUAGCCCUUGGGUUCGCCCAAUACACGCCCAAGGAACAGAAGCUGUACACACGCGAGCAGCUGUUCGAUAAAAUGUGCAUGGCGCUUGGUGGCCGAGCGGCGGAGAAUCUCACCUUCAACCGUAUCACCACCGGUGCCCAGAAUGACCUUGAGAAAGUGACUAAGAUGGCGUACGCGCAGAUCAAAUAUUUCGGCAUGAACCGAACUGUGGGUCCAAUUGCCUUCGCUGAGGAUAGCGAAGCGAGUCCUUAUGCGGGUAAACCGUACUCGAAGGGCUUAGGAAACCUGAUAGACUUCGAGGCGCGCAAGAUGAUCGCCGAGGCGUACGAGCGCACUGAGGAUAUCCUACGCGAAAACGCCGACAAACUGGACAAGCUGGCCGAGGCGCUUUUAGAGAAGGAAACGCUUAACUACGACCAAGUGGUGGAGCUGAUUGGACCGCCGCGGUAUGAGGACGCGAAGCGCAAAAUUGAACCGGUCGAGUUUGAGGAUAGCCUAAAGCGGCUCGCCCAAAACGGGACGGAAGAGAAGUAGAAACAGCUAGUUGGGGUCUAAAUAAUCGGACGUCUUUAUUUGCAAAUAAAUAG